GCAAUUAGGUUCAGCCGUUUAUUCCUUCUUUAAGUUUUUAAUUCCGUUUUUCUUUCUUUCUUUCUCCCAGAAUAGGAAGGCGGUGAUAAACGGCAGAAUGUGGGCAUGGUUUCUCCUCUCUGCACGCCCCUCAUUUUCCGCAUCCGGCAAUAAUUCUGCCCCUCCAUGUCUGUCUGGACUCUGACACAAAAGAAAAGAAAGACUACUUACUCCAGCAAUCAACCUCGCGAGUCGUCGCUCUCUGCCAAAUCCAAAUCCCACCCCGCAACUCACGGUUUCGUUUCUUAGCGCACUCUCUCUUCUCUUGGGGCCAUUUGAAAUCUCCAAUCCCGGGUCCCCCUUACCUUAAACUUUUCCGCAGAAAGUCUUAAGAAAAGGGAAAAAAGGACCAAGCCAGUCCGGAUCAAUCAUUCAACCAUGCUUGACAUUGCGGACUUUGUCCACGGAGCCACUCCGGAGAAGAUCGCGGAAAAUCAGGAGAGAUUACGGGAGAACCAGCGGCGUCGUGGUGCGCCUGUGGAGGCGGUGGACGAGGUUAUUGCUUUGUUCAAAGUCGCCCGAGAAUCGCGCUAUGAGGUUACUCAGAUAGGUGAGAAGAUCAAUAAGGUCCAGAAGGAAAUUGGGAGGAAAAAGAAGAAUAAGGAAGACGCGGCUGAUCUGAUCGCGGAGAAGACGGAGCUGGAGAAACAAAAGAAGGAUGCAGAUGCUUUAGCCACCGAGAAGGAGUUGCUGAGAGACCGGAAACUCGCAUCGAUUGGGAAUUACGUCCAUGCAGAUGUACCUACAAGCCAGGAUGAGGCGGAUAACGCUAUUAUCUCGACAUGGGCGCCAGAAGGGUUUAAGGAGGAAAAACCAGCCUACUGCCUCUCACACGACGACGUGCUUCACCGAUUGGAUGGUUUUGACCAGAAACGAGGCACCAAAAUCUUCGGGCACCGGGGGUAUUGUCUGAUCAACUAUGGUCUACUCCUAAACCUUGCACUGGUGAACUACGGACUGGAGUUCCUGUUCAGCAAGAAAUACACCCUUAAUCAGCCACCCUAUUUCAUGCUGAAGCAGUAUAUGGCCAAGACUGCGCAGCUCGAGCAGUUCGACGAGGAGCUUUACAAGGUUACCGAAAACGAGGAUAAGGCUUCAGAGAGAUAUCUGAUUGCGACUUCCGAACAGCCCUUGUCCGCUCUACAUAGCGGAGAGUGGCUUCAGGACAGCGACCUUCCUAUCAAAUAUGCCGGGUACAGCACUUGCUAUAGAAAGGAGGCUGGUUCUCAUGGCAAGGAAGUAAUGGGAAUUUUCCGUGUGCAUCAGUUUGAAAAGAUAGAACAAUUCGUGAUGACCAAACCCGAGGACUCAUGGGAUGCGUUUGAAGAUAUGAUGAAGAAUUCAGAAGAAUUCUAUCAAUCUCUCGGCCUCCCGUAUCGAGUUGUCGACAUCGUCUCCGGCGCUCUGAAUAAUGCCGCAUCGAGGAAGAACGACUUGGAAGCGUGGUUCCCGUCCCAGGGCACAUACAAGGAACUGGUCUCUUGCUCAAACUGCACAGAUUACCAAUCCCGGGCGCUGGAAAUCCGAUAUAGAGCGAAGAAGGAUGAUGAGAAGGACACCCGCAGUGAUGAGAAUAAGAAAGUUUAUGUGCACGCGUUAAAUGCUACCCUGUGUGCUACAGAGCGGACACUCUGCUGUAUCUUGGAAAACUACCAGACUGAAACGGGUAUAAUUGUCCCCAAGGUGCUCCGGAAGUAUAUCCCGGGCCAACCUACAGAGAUCCCGUAUACUAAGGAGUUGGUUGAGAAGCCCAGUGCGGAUAAGUCAAAAUCUAAGACUAAGCAGAACCCUGCACCGAAGAAGAGCAAUGUGACUGAGGGGAUGCAGAACUUGAAGGUAUAGGAACUGCGACACACACGCAGUAGCCGCACCUGCAAUCUUGUCAACUACGUCAUAUAUACGUGGGACAGAUUCGGUGCAAUUUUCAUGUGGUAAAUAAAAUAGAUUGUUUACCUAUUUGUGACAUCUCAAAAGAUAUUAUACUUAUACCAGUUGCUUUCUGAUGCUUCAUAUAUACAUUUACAUUUACAAAACUAAGAAUAAAAAGCGCUGUGGUGAAGAUAAUUUUAUCAAUAUUGAAUUCAGUAAAUGAACAAACCACCCCACCACGCUAUCUGGGGAAAUGUUUAACCCAAAUGCACA